AGAGGUUUUAUGAGUCACUCUUAGUAUAUAAACACCCUCACAUGGUGAUAUAAUACUAUUUGAAAGGCACGAAGAGAUAGAUAGAGAGAGAGAGAGAGAAAGACAGACAGACAGAGAGAGAGAGAGAGAGAGAGAGUUUGGGAUGAAAACAAGCCAUGGGAAGGCCUCCUUGCUGUGAUAAAGUUGGUAUCAAGAAGGGUCCUUGGACCCCAGAAGAGGACAUCAUCUUGGUCUCCUAUAUCCAAGAGCAUGGCCCCGGAAAUUGGAGAUCAGUGCCUACAAACACCGGGCUGCUGAGGUGUAGCAAGAGUUGCAGGCUUAGAUGGACUAAUUACCUUAGACCGGGGAUUAAGCGCGGUAACUUCACUCCCCAUGAAGAAGGAAUGAUCAUCCAUCUACAAGCCCUAUUGGGUAACAAAUGGGCUGCCAUAGCUUCAUACCUCCCUCAAAGAACUGAUAAUGAUAUAAAGAAUUAUUGGAACACUCACUUGAAGAAGAAGAUCAAGAAGUUUCAGUCAGCUUUGAGCCCCCAUAUGGCCUCAGAUUCAACCACAAGCACCUGUACUAAUCAUCAAUUUGUACCAAGGAGCUAUGCUGGUGAUGAUCAUCACAGAAGGGGUAGUUCUUUUGAGGUCAUCAAUGGCCAUUCCUCGGCUCACCCGAGCCUAAACAGCCCGAUCUCGACGUAUGCCUCCAGCACUGAGAACAUCUCAAGGCUACUAGAAGGUUGGAUGAGGUCCUCCCCAAAGGCCACCAAGGAGAAACUGUACCAAAACAGCAGCUUGGAAGAAGGUAGUAUCGAUAUGACCGGAAACUCCAUGGCGGUGGCGGCGGUGACUUCUGUCCAGUGUUACAGGCCUAAGUUGGAGCAAGGAGGGGGCGAGUUGGUCGCCAACGACGAGUUUGAGUCCAUUCUUGAGUACGAAAACCUGAAUGAUGAUCAUCAUCAGACUACUGAUACUACUAUUCCAAGUGAUGGUCAUGAUCAUGAUCAUGAUCAUGAGAUGAAGAUGGAUCAUGAUCAGAAGAAGCACAACCCUCCUCUAUCAUUUCUUGAGAAAUGGCUCUUGGAUGAAUCAGCAGCUCAAGGAGAGGAGAUGAUGGAUCAACUCUCUCCAAUAUUCUGAUAAAUUAAAGAAAGAAAACCAUUGUAUAUCUUUCUCUUUUUCUUUAUGCUUGAGAUAUAAAAUGAUAAAAAGAAGAAGAAGAAGAAAAAAGGAAAAAACAAAAAAAAAGAAAAAAAAAAGAGAGUUUAAUCUUCUUAGGUUUAAAGGUGAUCUUGUUGGGGUUCUGAAAAGUUGGGAUCUCUUUGCAAAAUGUAACCUUGAAUGUAAUUCUGAGUGAAUUAUCAUCCUGAGUGAACUCAGUUUUCAUGUGCUUUUAAUUAUUUGCUCUAAAAUAGGGGGUAACUUAGUGAUAAUUCUAAUGAAAAUUAUAUUCCAACAA